AUGGCAAGUCGGCUUUGGCUGAAGAAAAAGUUUGCGUCUUUCAAGCACACGGCGUCGGACAUGACAUCUCACGUCAUGGAGCUGGAGCAAUUGGUGCUGAAGAUGAAUGAAGCUGAGUGUGGGCUGAGCGAAGAGGAUAUGUGCGCAACCAUGCUGCGCAGCCUCCCAAUAUCAUGUGAAAGUCUGGUUCAAGCGUUUCGUAUAAGUGUGACGACAUUUAGCUUCACAGACCUCGUGAGUACAAUCAUAGCCGAAGAGAUACGCAAGAAAGACUCGUCGCGAUUUGAAGAAGGGAAAGCGUUGCACAUCGGCAAGUGCAUAGACAAGAGCAUGCCUACAAAGAAGAAUGGCGGUCAGCGCAAUAAAGUGUCGAAGGUUCAGUGCUCCAAGUGCGGAAAGCGCGGGCACUUCGCGCGCGACUGUUGGGCGAAGCCGUCAGGUAGUGACGAGGUGCACGAAGACCACUCUGAUUUUGCAUUUAACGUGUCUGAAGAUAUCACAAGCGACUGCUGGAUAAUGGACAGUGGCGCGACAGCUCACAUGUGUAAGGACAGACUAUUUUGUCGAAUAUGCAGAAAUGACGUCGGUACGGAAUGUGCUGAGCGCCAAGAAUAG